AAGCAUGGGCGAAGUGCAGCUGGUCCUGGCUGUGACAGCGAUCCUAAUAUCCUUCAAAUGUUUGCUGAUUCCUGCUUAUGUAUCUACAGAUUUCGAGGUUCAUCGUAAUUGGAUGGCUGUGACGUGGCAACGGCCAUUGUGUGAAUGGUAUACAGAAGCAACAUCUGAAUGGACACUCGAUUAUCCUCCGUUUUUCGCAUAUUUCGAAUUGGGUCUUGCGUCUGUUGCGCACUUUUUUGGAUUCGAUGAAUGUUUGGUGAUAUCAAAGACUCCGCGGUUUUCUCGACGAAUUUUGAUUUUCCAGCGAUUUUCAGUAAUUUUCUGCGAUAUUUUGUAUAUUGCUGUCUGCGCUCUAUACUCCUUCCGCUCUCCACGUCUAGUCAGCAGAAUUCCGAAGAAAUUGCAACAAAAUGGACGAGAAGCUUGUUUCGUGCUUCUGGCAUCAUUACAAGCCUUAAUUAUUUGUGAUUCAAUUCAUUUUCAAUACAAUUCGAUGCUCACUGCGAUUUUUUUGAUGUCUCUGUUUUUUAUCGAUACGGAAAGAUAUCUGAUGGCAGCACUUUCCUACUCAAUUUUGCUGAAUUUCAAGCACAUCUACGUCUAUUACGCCCUCGGAUACGUUUUCUACUAUUUAGUCAAUUAUUUUCAAUUCUCUGGAAAUGUUCUUCUGGCCAAUACGCCAAAAGCAAUUUCUCUCGCCAUUGCUCUGCUCAUUCCAUUUUGUGCAUCAAUUUUCCCAUUUAUCCACGCCUCAGGAGUCCAGGGCCUUCAAAAUAUUGCCACCCGCCUCUUUCCGGUAUCGCGAGGCCUAACACACGCCUACUGGGCGCCUAAUUUUUGGGCUCUGUACAAUUUCGCAGACUUAUGCCUGUAUAGAGUUUUAAGUUUGCUCAAGAUCGGAAAGUUUGAUGCUCCGACAUAUACGUCUGGUCUGGUUCAGGAAUAUUCGCACAGUGUCCUACCAAAUGUAUCACCCAUGGGAACACUCUGCCUUGUUGUCAUCUCCUCAAUGAUAGUUCUCACUGGGUUGGUGAUUCGUAGGAAAGAUUCUGCCGAUUUCUCGUUGUUCGCCGUCUUUUCCGCCUUCUGCUUCUUCUAUUUCGGAUAUCACGUCCACGAAAAGGCGAUAAUCCUGGUUACGGUACCAAUGACCGUAUUCGCGAUUAAGAAUCCAAAAUACCAUUCAAUUCUGAUCCACCUCACAUGCAUCGCCUCGUUCUCACUAUUUCCACUGCUAUUCACACCUUUCGAAACACUUCUGAAAUAUGCGAUUUGUGUGUCGUACUUCUUCAUACAGCUGGUGUUCCUAAAACGCGUCACACUUAUGCCACUUUCGGAUUUGAUACCUACAAGACACGUUGCAAGCUGGUUACUAAUGGGGAUGGUGGAGGUGUAUAACACAUUUUUGCACAAGUGGCUCUGGACGUCUCGCCUUCCAUUUGCCCCUCUCAUGGCGAUAUCAAUACUCACCGCUAUCGAGCUUACCGGACUGAUAGGUGCUCUUAUCUGGAGCACAUUUGGAGAUGGAAUAUUCGAAAUUUGGUGGGCAAAAGCCACUUGUCAGAUUCGCGAGCGUCUUAUCCGCGAUUCAACAUACUCUGUACAAGCUGUGGAGGACUUGGACGAUGUGAAGUUGGUUGCUGGAAUUGAUACAUCGGCGGCUAAACUAAAUUCUGAUAUGGUUUAUAUUAGUGUCAGUUUUUGGACGUAUCCAGAUCUUAAACACGUGGCAACCAUUUCUGACACCAGGAUGCUCGAACUACCGUAUAUCCCACAAUACUUGGCAGUUAGAGAAGCAGAAGUUAUGGCUGAUUUCCUGAAAAGUGUGAUCACAGAGCGUCCAGAGCUCCGACCGGAUGUGAUUUUGUGUGACGGAUUUGGAGAGUUUCAUUCAAGAGGUUGUGGAAUGGCUUGUCACGUGGGAGCUCUUUCCGGAAUUGCCAGCAUUGGUGUUGCCAAAAAUUUGACUCUUCACCACACUUAUGAAACUAUUGGCAUGGAAAACAAAUCGAAAGUUGACAGUUUUGUGGAACAUUGCCGAGAGGUCUAUAAAAACAAUAAAACAUCGCCUGGAUUUAUCCCAUUUGAUAUCGUUGAGCCGGUGGUGUUGAACAUUCUAAGAAUGGGUAGUUCAAUGAACGGAGUAUUCGUCUCUGCGGGUUACGGUAUCGACUUGGAACUGUCCACUGAAAUUUGCUCACAACUUUUGCUCAACAACACGACGAUUGAGCCAAUUCGAGCUGCCGAUCUAGAGUCUAGACGUCUUGUUCGAGAGAAUUUCGAUGGGAAUGAGAAACUUGAAUAAUCGUUGUUUUGUUUUGUUACUGGUAAUUAAAUUUUUUGGAACUUACGGGGUUUUUUAUUUUUUAUAUGCUAAUUUAUUUUCUCUGUUUUUCGAAGUUAAAAAAUAAACAUAAAUACCA